GUACCGAGGCUUCAUCUUGCUGCUCACCUUCCUCAUCUACACCUGCUACCACAUGGCCAGGAAGCCCAUUAGUGUGGUCAAGAGCCGCCUGCACCUGAACUGCUCAGAGCUGGUCGGCCCCGGCAACGGCACCCACAGCCUUAACGACACCACAUGGUGCAGCUGGGCUCCGUUCGACAAGGACAACUACAAGGAGCUGCUGGGGGCCGUGGACAACGCCUUCCUUGUGGCCUACGCCGUCGGCAUGUUCAUCAGUACUACCUGUCGGCGGGGAUGCUGCUCAGCGGCCUGUUCACCGCGCUGCUUGGCCUGGCCUACUUCUGGGACCUCCACGUGCUCUGGUACUUCGUCCUCAUCCAGAUCUGUAACGGGUUCGUCCAAACCACAGGCUGGCCCUCUGUGGUGACCUGCGUUGGCAACUGGUUCGGGAAGGGGAAGCGGGGGCUCAUCAUGGGCGUCUGGAACUCCCACACGUCGGUGGGCAACAUCCUGGGCUCCCUGAUCGCCGGCGUCUGGGUGAACGGCCAGUGGGGCCUGUCGUUCAUCGUGCCGGGCGUCGUCACGGCCGCCAUGGGCGUUGUCACCUUCCUCUUCCUCAUCGAAUACCCAGAAGACGUGGACUGCACCCCUCCCCAGCAUCACGCUGGGCCGGACGAGCAGGAUGACCCUGAGGACCCUGGGAGUGGUCCCUCCACCAACAGGGAGAGUGGCCUGGAGACAGCCGCCAGGUGCUCCAAGGAGCCGUGCCCAGAGCCUGCUGCCAUCAGCUUCCUCGCGGCGCUCCGGAUCCCGGGCGUGGUCGAGUUCUCCCUGUGCCUGCUCUUCGCCAAGCUGGUCAGUUACACCUUCCUCUACUGGCUGCCGCUCUACAUCUUCAACGUGGCUCACUUCAGUGCUAAGGAGGCGGGGGACCUGUCCACGCUCUUCGACGUCGGCGGCAUCUUGGGUGGCAUCGCGGCGGGGCUCAUCUCUGACUACAUCAACGGCAGGGCCACCACCUGCUGCAUCAUGCUGAUCCUGGCCGCCCCCAUGAUGUUCCUGUACAACUGUGUCGGCCAGAGCGGGGUGACCAGCUCCGUGGUGAUGCUGGUCGCCUGCGGGGCCCUCGUCAACGGCCCGUACUCGCUCAUCACCACCGCUGUCUCCGCCGACCUGGGCACGCACCAGAGCCUGAAGGGGAACGCCAAGGCCCUGUCCACCGUGACAGCCAUCAUCGACGGCACGGGCUCCAUAGGUGCGGCUCUGGGGCCCCUGCUGGCCGGGCUCAUCGCGCCCACGGGCUGGAACAACGUCUUCUACAUGCUCGUGUCUGCCGACGUGCUAGCCUGCCUGCUUCUCUGCCGCUUGGUGUACAAGGAGGUCCUGGCCUGGAGGGCCUCGCUGAGCAGCAGCCGAGGCUCUAGCCUGGCCCUAACCCACCCGCGAUAGGUCCCUCCACCCGUGACUUUGUAUAAACGGAUAUGAGCCCGAUGGAGGACGCUCGGAGGGCCCCUGCGGGCCAGAGGGGACACCCCCGGAAGGCGGUGCCCAUGGUCCCCUGCCCAGCCAGGGCCACAGAGGUCCAGGAGACUGCACCGGAGGGGGCUCGGGGUCUGCCAGCCAGAGGGCUGCGGGGCUGAGCCACGCGCCAGUCCCUCCCUCGGGCUUUGCUCAGAUGCCCGGAUCUUGCUGGUUCGGAAGCCGGGACAGGCAGAG